UUAAUUACCAAAUGCAGAUUGCUUAGGGUGAUGGCUAAGUUUCUGGCUCAGUCGAAUAUGGUUCCUGCUCUAGUUGCUAGUUGGAGUCAUGGUCCGUCCAAAGAAUCUGGAAAGCUGAAGAGGUCUAUCAAAAUGAUGUGCAGUUUACAAACUCCUGUAUUGAAGAUGAGGAGUUUCUCUGGGUUGCGUGGUUCUAAUUCUUUAGAUAAUAUGGUCAGCUUGGGACACGAUUUCCAUUCUAAGGUUGCACUUUCAGUAUCUUCACGACGAGGAAGGGGUAGCAGAUGUGUACCAAAAGCCAUGUUUGAGCGCUUUACGGAGAAAGCGAUUAAAGUGAUUAUGCUGGCCCAAGAGGAAGCUAGACGGCUCGGCCAUAAUUUUGUUGGUACUGAGCAAAUCUUAUUGGGUCUUAUUGGUGAGGGUACUGGCAUUGCCGCAAAAGUUCUUAAAUCCAUGGGAAUCAAUCUUAAAGAUGUGCGAGUAGAAGUGGAGAAGAUAAUCGGAAGGGGCAGUGGGUUUGUUGCUGUGGAGAUUCCAUUUACUCCUCGUGCAAAGCGUGUUCUGGAACUCUCAUUGGAAGAAGCCCGCCAGCUUGGCCAUAAUUAUAUUGGAUCAGAACAUAUUCUUCUUGGGUUGCUUCGUGAAGGUGAGGGAGUAGCAGCCCAAGUUCUUGAGAGUUUAGGUGCUGACCCAAGUAAUAUCCGCACACAAGUUAUUCGUAUGGUUGGUGAGGGCAAUGAAGUUAAUGUUGUUUCUGGAGGAGCAAGUGGCAACACAAAGAUGCCAACACUUGAAGAAUAUGGAACUAAUUUGACUAAACUAGCUGAGGAGGGAAAAUUAGAUCCCGUGGUUGGAAGGCAGGAUCAAAUAGAACGUGUUGUCCAAAUAUUGGGUAGACGGACCAAAAACAACCCGUGUCUAAUUGGAGAACCUGGUGUUGGAAAAACAGCUAUUGCAGAAGGUCUUGCUCAACGUAUUGCUAGUGGUGAUGUUCCUGAUACAAUUGAGGGAAAGAAGGUUAUUACACUUGAUAUGGGUCUUCUUGUUGCUGGAACAAAAUAUCGUGGAGAAUUUGAGGAAAGAUUGAAAAAGCUAAUGGAGGAAAUCAAGCAAAGUGAUGAAAUAAUAUUGUUUAUUGAUGAGGUGCACACUUUAAUUGGAGCAGGUGCUGCAGAAGGUGCUAUUGAUGCUGCUAACAUCUUAAAGCCAGCACUUGCAAGAGGUGAAUUGCAGUGUAUUGGAGCUACAACGCUCGAUGAAUACAGAAAGCAUAUUGAGAAAGACCCAGCUUUGGAAAGAAGAUUCCAGCCGGUGAAAGUGCCUGAACCAUCUGUGGAUGAAACUAUACAGAUUUUGAAAGGUUUGCGAGAACGCUAUGAGAUUCACCACAAGCUUCGUUACACAGAUGAGGCCUUGAUUUUUGCUGCACAACUGUCACACCAGUACAUUAGUGACCGUUUUCUACCUGAUAAAGCAAUUGACUUGAUUGAUGAAGCUGGUUCUCGUGUUCGCCUUCGUCAUGCACAGCUCCCUGAGGAAGCUAAAGAGCUUGAAAAUGAGCUCAGGCAGAUCACAAAGUCCAAGAAUGAAGCAGUUCGCGGCCAGGACUUUGAGAAGGCUGGGGAAUUACGUGAUCGAGAAAUUGAGCUUAGGGCUCAGAUUACUGCAAUCCAAGAGAAAGACAAUGAGAUGAAUAAGGCCGAGGCAGAGGCCGGGGAUGGAGGCCCUGUUGUGACUGAGAUGGACAUUCAGCAUAUAGUCUCGUCGUGGACUGGUAUUCCUGUUGAGAAAGUAUCAACUGAUGAAUCUGACCGUCUUCUUCAGAUGGAAGAGACUCUUCAUAAGCGAGUCAUUGGUCAGGAUGAAGCUGUCAUUGCCAUUAGUCGUGCUAUUCGACGUGCCCGUGUUGGUCUCAAGAACCCCAAUCGGCCAAUUGCUAGCUUCAUCUUUUCUGGACCAACUGGUGUAGGAAAGUCGGAACUAGCAAAGGCUCUAGCAGCUUACUAUUUUGGCUCUGAAGAAGCUAUGAUUCGACUUGAUAUGAGUGAGUUCAUGGAGAGGCACACAGUGUCCAAACUCAUCGGUUCACCUCCUGGGUAUGUUGGUUACACUGAGGGUGGUCAGCUAACGGAGGCUGUUAGAAGACGACCAUACACUUUAGUGCUUUUCGAUGAGAUUGAGAAGGCCCAUCCCGAUGUCUUCAACAUGAUGCUUCAGAUACUCGAGGAUGGAAGGUUGACCGACAGCAAAGGAAGAACUGUGGAUUUCAAGAAUACCCUUCUGAUAAUGACAUCUAAUGUUGGAAGCAGUGUGAUUGAGAAGGGUGGCCGACGGAUUGGUUUUGAUCUUGAUUUCGAUGAGAAAGACAGCAGUUACAAUAGAAUAAAGAGCUUGGUGACAGAAGAACUGAAACAAUAUUUCCGGCCCGAGUUCUUGAAUAGAUUGGAUGAUAUGAUUGUUUUCAGGCAGCUCACCAAGUUGGAAGUUAAGGAGAUCGCUGAUAUAAUGCUUAAGGAGGUAUUUGACAGGCUUAAAGACAAAGAGAUAGAGCUUCAAGUGACUGAAAGGCUUAGAGAGAGGGUUGUGGAUGAAGGAUACAACCCGAGCUAUGGUGCGAGGCCUUUGAGAAGAGCCAUUAUGAGGCUUCUCGAGGACAGCAUGGCCGAGAAAAUGCUUGCUAGGGAAAUCAAGGAGGGUGAUUCAGUUAUUGUGGAUGUCGACUCAGAUGGCAACGUUACGGUUCUUAAUGGUAGAAGCGGUGCUCCCGAGUCACUGGCUGAUCCAUUUCCAGUAGUUUAACCAAAUAACCGUUUUGAUCCAAUUCAGUCUCUCUCUCUCUCUCUCUCUCUCUCUCUGAAAGGACUACCUGAUAGUUGAUUUUGAAGUUUUUGAUUGCUUGCCUAAGGUCAUUGAAGUAUUUCUUACACUUGAAUCCCCUUCAUAGUUGGAAGGGGCAAAGUAGCGUUAGUUCGACAGCGAACUUCACAAUAGAAUUUAUUGAUGAUUUUGUUUUAAGAUCAUGGAAAAUUGUCUUUAUUUAGGAUCAAUGUCAUGUACGUAUAAUUUUGUUUUAAGAUCAUGGCCCAUUUCUACUCCCUC